CUCUCCCUGAGCCGCUCAACCUGUCAUUGACGUGGGAGUCUGAAUUCCGUAUAAAGCUGUCGUGGAACGCACCAAAGGAUUUAGAUGCAUCAUGCAAGGUGAACUACAUGAUCACUACAACGAUCGGAGAGAGGAGACCCAAAGUAGAGACAACUUUCAAGUUGUAUAAAGAGUAUAGACUCUCUACGGAAGAUGCAGUGAAUUACACAGUGCAAACAAACCCCAAACACUGUAUAGGUAGAACCAUAAGCAAACCUGUCAGCAAAUCCAUCACUAAACCCACAGAGUUGGUGAAGAACUUCCAGUGUUCCCUCUACUCCUCUAAGGCCAUGAACUGCAGCUGGCUCCCAGCCAAUCAGGCCUCAGACCUCCAGCUCUACUAUGGGUACCUUGGUCCCUCCCACAUAGCAGCAUGCAGUGAGUACCAGUACAGAGAUGGUCAGAGGACAGGAUGUCACCUGAGAGGAUCCUUCCUUCAAUAUGACGUCUACUUCAAGGUCAAUGGGACUCUCGAUGGCUUAUCUGUACAGAAUAACUUCCUGGUGCUUCCAAGAUAUCAUGUCAAGCCCCCGGCCCCUAAGGUGAAGAUCACAGAGGAAGGUAGGAAUCUCAUCCUGAGCUGGGACCCUCCGGACAUAGGCGCUGUCCACUGCUGGAAUUUCAUCUUAAAAUACAACAAGUGUCAAGAGUCUCUGGGUAAGGAAAUACAAUUGGAACAUGUACCAGGGAAGGUUUCAUAUGACCAGAGAUGCCAGUACAGAGUCAAGCUUAAAGCAGUCUAUACGAAAUGGUGUGGGGAAGGAGGCAGCGACUGGAGCGAAGAGGAAAUCUAUGGCACAGAAAUACGUUUUUCCCCCAAGAUUCCCCGAGGACCCUAACUGCACUGCUUAAGAGUGUCCGGAGUGGGAGCUCCGCAAUCGAUCAUAGAUCAGCACUCCAACUCUGAAACCACUCAAGACUGCAAUUUUUCCUCUCUCUAUACCUCUCUUUCCUUUCUUCUGUGCUGUUCAAGCAGCUCUGGAUUUCUGUGCUUCUCCACCCUAGCUUUUGAUGCAGCCUUCUUUCUUUUCUUAUCUGCCAAGACGUUUAUCUGCCAAGAUAACAAGAAGUUUAAAUUAAUCCGAUUGUUCUAGAUUAUUGCACAUCCACUAAUGGGGCAUUACACUCAAAAAAUGUCAAGUUUGGCACAUGUUUGCACACCUCAAAGGUAGUCUUAUGUCUCAAAAGUAGACUUAAAGGGAUAGAUCACCGAAAUUACAAACGUACAUUGGAUUCCUUACCCUGUAAGCAGUCAAUGGACAAGGCAAGACAGCAAUCCAUGCUUUGGUUUAUAGCACAAAACCACUGCAAGUGGAUAUCCCCAACUUUUUUUUUUAUAAGCAUUUUCACAUUCCAUGUCCAAAUCAUCCCAGUGCCAAAAAUUGAUUGUCUAGCUCAAUACAGUUAGUUUAAGAUGAUUUGG